AUGGGAGGGAUGACUAAUCUAAUCAAUUAUGUCCUGUCAAACCUACCUAUUCACUACCUUUCUUUAUUCAAAGCCCUUAGUAAAGUGAUUCAUAAGCUAGUAUUAAUACAGAUGAAGUUUCUUUGGGCAGACUCCAAGGAUAAAAAAGGUAUCUCAUGGGUCAGUUGGAGUAAGGUGUGUAGACCCAAGGUGGAGGGAGGAUUAGGGAAUAAAAAUUUAGGAAGGUUCAAUAAUGCUCAGUUGCCAAAAUGGAUUUGGAGGUUUGUUACUGAGAAGGGCAAGUUGUGGGAAGGGAUUUUGGUGAGUAGAUAUGGUAAUCUAGCAUCCACUUUGUGGAAUGGAGAACUAUCUAUCUGA